CGUAUUGGCCACUCUAAUGCUCUUCGAAAUGUUCUUCGCCAGUCAGCCGUUCCUCUUGCGCGCACCUACGUGUCAUUAUUCGUUACAAUUGUCUUACGAAGGAGGCCUCCGACUAACCGGUUCGACAUGACUGAAUUCGCGCGAGUCGACCACGUUGAUAUACUAAAUAUAAAAUAACUUCCCACUGUUACACGUAUUGUUUUUUGUGGAUCUAGUACGGUAUUGUAAAAUAAUAUAUCUUACAAUUGAUAGGACAGUUUGACGUGUACCGUUUUAUAUUCUGUCUUGUGACUUCUUUUUAAGACCGUAUUUUGCACGCGGAACCCGUGAAGGUCUCGAAUUCCUUAAAAGUGUCAGUCCCGUUAAAUUUAUGAUAUUAGUUUUUUUAUUGACUAUUAUAGGAAAUAAUAAAAGGAAGGAUGUUUGUUUAAAAAAAGGAAUCCGUAAAACUCAGUUUGUUGUGUCUUUGAUAAUUACAUACAAGAUAAUUGUAAAUUGGAGUGACGUGUCGUUUGAACGAUAAAUAAAGAAAAUGUCCAAAGAAAAUGGAACUAAAGCGACCAAACAGAAUAUAGAAAAGAAGACGAAAUUCCGGGCGUAUCUGCAUUGGCUUUUUGGUGGUAUCCUCGGUGCACAUCAUUUCUACCUUGGCAGGGACGAUCAUGCUUUCGUCUGGUACUGUACCCUUGGUGGAUACUUUGGAAUCGGAUGGUUGCGUGAUCUCUUUAAGAUUCCUACAUACGUAGCUGAUGCUAACGAAGAAGUCCAGUAUAUGGAAUGGUUCAAAAAUCAAGUCCGGAUAAAUCAAAAGCCACCAUAUUCAACCGUAAGAUUUCUUGGCGCCGUGAUCGUGUCAUACCUUUGGGGUCAACUGAUCUACUUGGCCAUUCCAAAUGAGGAGAUCAAUGGAAUCAAUUUCAGGCCUUUGAUGAUCUUCAUUCCAGCCGGCGUAGCCCUAGGAGUUUGGGUCGUGGGAAACAUCGGACGUGAACAAGGAACAAUAUGGGUUCCCUUGGGAUUGGCCUACUUAUGUUAUCCAACCUUAACCUACCUUGGAGACGACAAUACCUGGAUGGCCCUCAUGGUUCUGGCUGCCUCCCUUGGGUUCGACACCUUCAGCAAGCAGUGGCGGCUGAAGCCGCGUAAGAAGCGCAGUACACUUAAGAGAUUAGGCAUCUUUGGGAUUGCUUGUUUACUCUACACUUCACUUUGGGGCAGCUACUUCUAUUUCAAUGCCAGCAUUACGGACAGCGAGGGAGAAGAGAUUAAGAUCUCCGAUGCAAUCAGACACUUUUUGACAUCGCCAAUUUGGCUGGACCUUAAGGCGAGCCUGGAAGAAACAUGGCGGCAAGCUAAGCACCAGGGUUUCUGGGCAACCUGGAGGCAGCUGGUGGACCUCACCGAUCCUAGAGGAGAAAUAAAUGCCUACAAGGUCUUGGGCCUCUCGCAAACAGCUUCGCAGAGUGAGGUCACUUCCAAGUGGAGGAGCCUCUCUCGAGAACAUCAUCCUGACAAGGUCAAAGGUUCCGAAGCGGAACGUAAAGCGGCACAAGAAAAAUUCAUGGAGAUUCAGCAAGCUUAUGAAAUAUUGUCUAGCGCGAAAAAUCGCAGGCAACAACGAAAUCGUAGAGCAGGUUGAUAGGACGAAAAAGAUUGGUUUUCUUUUUUUUUUUUUAAUUUGUUUUUGAGUACAAGUCUCUACUAUCGAAUAAAUUGAAAGUCGACCUGGACACGAUAAGAUGGCGACAAUCAAUGGAAUAUGCA